AUGGCCUUGAGGUUAGAACGUCCUCCUCAAGGUAGGAGGAACGUCCGCUUCAGGGGCGGUAGAUCCAGGCCGGAUAUCCCUGAGCUGUCCGUACAAGAACUGGACAGCUUAUACAACCAUGCGUUGACUGGUCAGUCUCAGCCAGUGAACGCUAAUAUGGAUGUGUUCAAAAGGAUAAAUGCUCUGCUGGACAACUCGCUGGACCUGUCCUCUAUCUCUUCCUCCAGUAUGUCAGCUGACCAGUACAAUCACAACAAGAGCAAGAGAUUUUCCACCUUUGAUGGCAUGUCUCAAACAGGGCGGUUACCAGCCUCUGUGACACCACAGAGACAAGGGAGAGCCAUUAAAGGUGACCAGACGCCCACAAACCUCAAUUACUCCAGUGACUACGGCUCCCUCUCCCCCUCCCCUCCCACCUCCCUCCACGAGUGCAUAAUGUCCCCAGUGGAGAAGGCUCUGGUGUCAGCCAUCAAUGGUGGUAACCGUAACUUGAGGAGUCCCUCGCCCUGUGAUUCAGAGACCAGCGUUGUCAACAGUGUGGACGGGUCUACAGGAUCAGACAAUGCACUUGUCGACCUGCUGAGUGCCCUGAACCUGGGUAGUCAAGCAGCCAGUAACUGUUUGCCUCAGAUGAACACGAAUUGGGGUUACCACCAGCAGUUUGCCCCCCUUCCUCCUCAGAACUACAACAACCUGGUGCUGCCUGGCCAAGAGGUUGUACUGGACCAGCGUUGGAACCCAUUCUUGAACACAAGUACUGACCCAUACGCCAUCGAGAAGGCAGCCCGUCUCCAUAGAAAUGCUGCAGCGCUAUGUGAUGCCAAGUGUACAUGGAGUGGACAGCUUCCGCCAAAAGCACAUAAAAACCCUACCUAUUCAUGUAAAGUGUUUUUGGGUGGUGUGCCCUGGGACAUUCAAGAAACUGGGUUGAAGGCAGCUUUCAGUAAGUUCGGCAGUAUGAAGAUCGAAUGGCCAGGCAAAGAUGGAUAUGUGUACCUCCUGUUUGACUGUGAGAAAUCCGUCCGAACUCUGCUCCAAUCCUGUACACACGACUUCAGUAAUGGCGGAGGAUACUAUUACAAGAUUUCAAGCCGGAGAAUGAGAUCCAAAGAGGUACAGGUAAUCCCGUGGGUCCUGGGAGAUGCUAACUACGUUCGUCAACCCUCUCAAAGACUGGAUUCCAAGAAGACUGUAUUUGUGGGCGCGCUGCACGGAAUGAUGACCGCAGAAAGCCUGGGUAAUAUCAUGAACGACCUGUUCGGCAACGUGCUGUAUGCUGGCAUCGACACUGACAAGCACAAGUAUCCAAUUGGGUCCGGUCGAGUGACAUUUAGUUCUCAGAAGAGUUACAUGAGAGCCGUAGAGGCAGCAUUUGUUGAAGUCAAGACUGCCAAAUUCACUAAAAAGAUUCAAAUCGAUCCCUACCUGGAGGAUUCUCUCUGCAGCAUGUGCAAACUUCAACAAGCGCCAUUCUUCUGCCGUGACCUGGCUUGUUUCAAGUACUUCUGCCGGUCCUGUUGGCACUGUCAGCAUGCCGUGGGUCUGUCUCGACAGCACAGUCCUCUCAUGAGGAAUACCAAGAAGUGUGCUAACCCCGCCGGUGCCAGCCUUGGCAUUCUCUAA